AACAGAUCCCUGGCUUUUGUGCUGGUGUGAUGGGACGAGGGACUGUUAUUUGGAGCUGUUUGUCGUGGUGAAUCCAAUCACUGCUGGUCCAGGCACACCUAGAGACAUCUACAAGGCCUCAACUAUCAAAGGUCCAGAGACAGCAAGUAACACCUUUCAUGACCCUUGACCAUCAGGUACUCAACCAGACUCUCAAGAGAACACAACCUGUGGCACCAAGCUGUAUGCCUCUGGCAGAGCAUGGACCCAUGAGCCCGGACGGUGAUGCUGGCUGCACAGGAAACCCACUCACAACCCUUCUGGCCCUUGGGAAAGAAGAUGGCGGUGCGGAAUGGCAUUUAUCUGGUAGUAUUUUGGAUGUGUACAGCGAUGAACAGGGCAUUUCUCCUGUUAAUACUGGUCUUACUAGUGCUUCUUGUCCAAGUAUUCUACCCAUGAAAAAAGAAAUUGCAGAAACUGACAAUAGAGCUUUGACGAAAGAGAGACAGAAAAAGGACAACCACAACCUCAUUGAAAGAAGAAGAAGGUAUAAUAUUAAUUACCGAAUCAAGGAACUUGGCACUCUUAUUCCAAAGUCUAAUGAUCCUGAUAUGCGCUGGAACAAAGGGACCAUUCUAAAAGCGUCUGUGGAGUACAUCAAGUGGCUACAAAAAGAACAACAGAGAGCCCGGGAGUUAGAACACCGACAGAAGAAAUUAGAGCAGGCCAACCGGCAGCUGAUGCUUCGAAUUCAGGAACUAGAAGUACAGGCCCGUGCUCAUGGUCUGCCAAUGCUGGCUUCGCUAGGCACAAUCGACCCCAGCGCCCACCUCACCAAACAGCAGACCCAUUCUGAGAAGAACUGCCUGGGCUACUGCCAACAACUGACUCCAUCUCAGGGGACAAGCCCGGAGUUCUGUGAACAAGCUGUGGCCUUCUCUGACCCUUUGUCCCACUUCACAGAUUUAUCCUACAGUGCUGCUUUGAAGGAGGAACAGCGACUGGAAGGCAUGCUACUCAGUGAUACAAUAUGUCCCUUUGGGAGAGACCCAUUGCUCUCCGCCAUUUCUCCUGCUGUGUCCAAAGCAAGCAGCGGAAGCAGCCUCAGUUCCGAGGAUGGCGAUGAAUUAUAAGCCACAAACAGGCUCAAAAACAGGAAGCAACUCCACACUGGUGCUAUGCAGUCAUGAUCUGUGUUUCAUGCAUUGUUUGCACGUAAUCCUUUGAAAGGAAUUACAUUGCCCGUGGGGGAAAAUGUGAUCAGAACCAAGGGAAGAACUCAUGGGAAGAAGAAGCGUGAUGUUAAAGAGUUACUGAAGAUUGCAGUAUUGCUUUCAGAUUUUCUUUUAUUUAAUUUUCCUGGAAGGUGGUACAGCUUAAUAAUGGCCCUAGUAUGAUACCUUCAAAGCAGUGACGUGAUAAGAUAUUAUUGGAGCUAUAGUCCUUAAAGAGUCUGCAAUCUCAGUCUUUUCUUACUUCCAUAUUCCGUGUCACCUUCUACAACAUCAUUUUUUUUAAAGAAUCAAGACUAACAAAUUUGGCGAUAAUUUCUUUUCCAUGGUCUGGUGGACAUAUUAUGUAUUGUUGAACCACUAUCAGGAAAAAAGUAUAAAAUAUAUAUUUUUGUCACUUAAACUUGAAACUCAAGUCUGGAAUGAACAUGACAACUUUUCAAAAAUAGAACAAAGAACAUUUCCAAAAAUGUCAUUUUCUAAAAUUAGACUCUGACUUCUUUAAUCAGUUCAGAAAGACCAAUUCUAAACAUCUUCUUGCAGAUUAGUGUGUGUAUGUUCUCUUCAGAAAAGGGAACACAGUGCAGAAUCUCCUGUGGGACAUGGUCCUGAGAUUUAAUGGUUUUUACACACACACACACACACACACACAUACACACACACACACAAUGUAGGGAGGAUGUUCAUCCCUCUGAUUAUCUGAUCAACACCAUAAACUAUAUUCCAAUUCUUAUUUUUUUGUUCUUUGAAGGAUGUUGUGUAAUCAGUUUUAGUAACUAAAAUGUAAAAUGUCCCUAUUCUUGAAAAUGUAUCUGGUAUUUAACACUUGUAAUCAUGUCCAAUGUUAGAUAUAGAUUUUUGGUUGAUGUAUAUUAUCUCAAAAAUUGACAGGAUAUUGAACAUUAGAUUGCCAGCUGAUAAUCUGUAAACUGGGACUACAUUUUAUUUUAUUUAAAUGUGACUAGGAGACGAAGUUCUUGCCCUGUGGUCUGGCUUUUUGUUAACAUUUAGUACAAUAUAAAUGUUUGUAUAUACAG